AUGCGCCAGACUCCUCGUUCUCUGGGCAGCCUGGGCCUGGCCCCCCUCCUGCUGACCAGCCCCUGCCUGGGGGGCCACGCUGCCACUCCCUGGAUGACAAAAUAUGGUGUGGUCCGUACCUUCUCCCCACACCCACCCAGCGUCCAUACAGCCAGAGCCCUCGGCUCCCCAGGCCUGAAGGACCAGGGUCGGGCGAGCCCCUUGGGACACCCGCGGGAGACGCACCUGGCUGCCACCCCCAAGCCUGCCUCUAACGGAGCGAGGGCCAGCCCACUGCUGUCCCCAGCCGAGUCCCCUGUGACGGUGCGGCCUGAGGCAGCUCAGGGUGCGGCAGGGCAGGGUCUCGGGGACACAGCAGUGGGCGGACCCACAGGGGCCUUGCCGGUGAGCACAGAGCACUGGGCCGUUCUCGGGGGCACCAGCACCCAGGGUGACAGAAACGGGGCCAGUCCAGCAAUGUCGGGGCAGAUAGAUGACGACUCCGAGGGUCAGAGAGCCCACAGCCUGGAGCCCAGGACAGAGGGGCAGCCGUCGGGACCGAGCGGGAUCCCGGGCCUGCAGGGCCAGCCCUCCCCGCCCCCACCCGCAGGGCAGCCGGCCCCGUGGGAGGAUGCGGCGCUUGGGCCCCCGAACAAGCUGGAGGACCCCAGGGGCCGAGCCGGGGCCCCUCACCGCACACCACGGACUCACCCCGGCGGCUGGGCUGCAGCUCCCGCCAUACGGGCUCGCACCUGGGUUAGCCUCAAAGGCCUCCUUUUCCUCCAGGAAGCCUUCCGUGAGGGCCAUACCCCCCUUUCCUCCCCUGUGGCUUUUGCAACAGAUGGUCCCCCAGCAGACGGGUCCCCCAGCAGACAUGUUCCCCAGCAGAUGGGUCCCCCAGCAGACAUGUCCUCCAGCAGAUGGGUCCCCCAGCAGACGGGUCCCCCAGCAGACAUGUCCCCCAGCAGAUGGGUCCCCCAGCAGACAUGUCCCCCAGCAGAUGGGUCCCCAGCAGACAUGUCCCCCAGCAGACGGUCCCCCAGCAGACAUGUCCCCCAGCAGAUGGGUCCCCCAGCAGACAUGUCCCCCAGCAGAUGGGUCCCCCAGCAGACAUGUCCCCCAGCAGAUGGGUCCCCCAGCAGACAUGUCCCCCAGCAGAUGGGUCCCCCAGCAGACAUGUCCCCCAGCAGAUGGGUCCCCCAGCAGACAUGUCCCCCAGCAGAUGGGUCCCCCAGCAGACAUGUCCCCCAGCAGAUGGGUCCCCCAGCAGACAUGUCCCCCAGCAGAUGGGUCCCCCAGCAGACAUGUCCCCCAGCAGAUGGGUCCCCCAGCAGACAUGUCCCCCAGCAGAUGGGUCCCCCAGCAGACAUGUCCCCCAGCAGAUGGGUCCCCCAGCAGACAUGUCCCCCAGCAGAUGGGUCCCCCAGCAGACAUGUCCCCCAGCAGAUGGGUCCCCCAGCAGACAUGUCCCCCAGCAGAUGGGUCCCCCAGCAGACAUGUCCCCCAGCAGAUGGGUCCCCCAGCAGACAUGUCCCCCAGCAGAUGGGUCCCCCAGCAGACAUGUCCCCCAGCAGAUGGGUCCCCCAGCAGACAUGUCCCCCAGCAGAUGGGUCCCCCAGCAGACAUGUCCCCCAGCAGAUGGGUCCCCCAGCAGACAUGUCCCCCAGCAGAUGGGUCCCCCAGCAGACAUGUCCCCCAGCAGAUGGGUCCCCCAGCAGACAUGUCCCCCAGCAGAUGGGUCCCCCAGCAGACAUGUCCCCCAGCAGAUGGGUCCCCCAGCAGACAUGUCCCCCAGCAGAUGGGUCCCCCAGCAGACAUGUCCCCCAGCAGAUGGGUCCCCCAGCAGACAUGUCCCCCAGCAGAUGGGUCCCCCAGCAGACAUGUCCCCCAGCAGAUGGGUCCCCCAGCAGACAUGUCCCCCAGCAGAUGGGUCCCCCAGCAGACAUGUCCCCCAGCAGAUGGGUCCCCCAGCAGACAUGUCCCCCAGCAGAUGGGUCCCCCAGCAGACAUGUCCCCCAGCAGAUGGGUCCCCCAGCAGACAUGUCCCCCAGCAGAUGGGUCCCCCAGCAGACAUGUCCCCCAGCAGAUGGGUCCUCCAGCAGACAUGUCCUCCAGCAGACGGGUACCCCAGCAGACAUGUCCCCCAGCAGGCAGGUCCCCCAGCAGAUGGUCCCCCAGCAGACGGGUCCCCCAUCAGACAUGUCCCCCAGCGGACAUGUCCCCCAGCAGAUGGGUCCUCCAGCGGACAUGUCCCCCAGCAGACGGGUCCCCCAGCAGACGGGUCCCCCAGCAGACAUGUCCCCCAGCAGACGGGUCCCCCAGCAGGCAUGUCCCCCAGCAGAUGGGCCCCCCAGCAGAUGGUCCCCCGUUAGACAUGUCCCCCAGCGGACAUGUCCCCCAGCAGAUGGGUCCUCCAGCAGACAUAUCCCCCAGCAGAUGGGUCCUACAGCAGACAGGUCUCCCAGAAGACGGGUCCCCCAGCAGAUGGGUCCCCAGCAGAUGGUCCUCCAGCAAACGGGUCCCCAGCAGAUGGGUCCCUCGGCAGACGGGUCCCCCAGCAGAGCUCCAGGAUACAGUGGGCAAGCUGGGCUGGGAUACUGGGCACUGAGCGGGCCUCAGGAUCAGGUCCUGGGGACAGAGCUAGACCGGCUUGAGGACCCCAGCCGCAGGGUACCUAGGGCUUCAGGGGAGCGCUGGGGUGCUGUGCACGAGCAGGAGCCCCCAGGGGACAAGAGGAGCCGUGCAGAGCUUCAGGAGCUGCCCCCAGGGCCUCAGAGCCCGGCCUACAAGUUCAACGCCGCAGUGCGGCCCGGACGCUUCCGCACCACGUGCGAGAAAGAGCAGAGCUUUGAACCGGAGCUCAAGUCCAGGUCCCAGCUGCUGGUGGUGACACGCAGGCCAGGUGACGAUCUGGGAAAGAUGUGGGCCCAGAACAGCCCUGCCUGA